AUGACCAGGAGUAGGAGUCUUUUCCAGGAGGAGGUGGGCCGAGGGCCACAGGGUCCUGGGGGACCGGAUGGGAGCGAUGCCACUGCAGGUCACGGUUCGCUGCCGGAAGUGCGCCCUGUUGGCGGCACUCGGGGUGGCAAUCCAAACUCAACCGGACUCGAUGCUUUCCAACCUGUGUCAAACCGUGGCUCCGUUUUGGGAACGCUUUGCGUUCACACAGGAGAUCUAGACCCAGAGGCUUUAGCAGGGAUCGAGCUUUGGUCACAUGAGGGCAGUGCUGGGACAAAUCUGAGUGCCGUAAGCUCAGCGACCUUAAGCAGUGCACCAUCAGUUUUGGGCACUUGGCCCGAUGUGCGCCCUGUUGGCAGCACUCGGAAAGAGCCUGGUGAGUCAGGUCAACCUGUUGACUGGUGUCUUGCGUUGCAUCUCCUCGAGAAGGCCGAGACCCAAGGCUACAAGUGUGUUGAAAGUGAGAUUAUAAAACUUGCUGAAGACAUCCAAACCCACUUCAAAGAGCCCUCUUUGGAGUGGUGGGCAGGCUACGCCAUGAUGCAGUGUCUUGUUGAUGAGUCCAACCCAGCAUGGACCCAGGCAGCCAUCAAACAAUUGAUCCCUGCCAGGGCCGGUCCGCCACAUGGGCUACUCAAGUUCACUUUGGAGGCCGACUGUUCCUUGAUUGUGCCGCAGCUCCCGAGCUAUCGACAAAUCACUUCAGCUGCUGCAGCUACCUGUGGAGUGACCCAGAAAGCGCCUGGCACAUACUUUGCAAUCAUCCACCAAGCAUUGAGCCCUCCCUCGCACCCGGAUCGGGUGUGGCAUGGGAAGUCAGCGUCCUUCUGGGAUAGAGUUGCAGUUUGGGCCAAAAAACAGCCGAGCUAUGCUUGUGGCAUUCCAGAGUCUGUUAUCAAUUUGUUGAACGAAUCUGAGGUUCACUGGGCCGUGCAGGCCCGAACAACUUGGGAGCAAUGGAAAGAUGAAACUUUGCAGAUUUUGAGUGGUGCUAUGCCAAGUCGGGAGUUGGAUUUCUGGGUUGAACUUUGGAAAGCCCAGCCCACGCCCUUGCCUGACUUGUCGCCCGAGCUCCAUGAGCGUGCUCGGCAACAUGCCAAAUUCUUGCAGCCCGCCACCCUUGACUUAAUACGUUCCCAGCUGCGCAAAUUGGCAAACAAAGCGGGUGGUGCUGAUGGUUGGAGCUAUGCACAGCUCAAGCUGCUUCCUGAUGAAGCGUUGGCGGCCCUGCUCUCCAUCUUUCGCAGAGUUGAGUGCGAAGGAGUGUUGCCAGAGCACUGGCUCACGACCUUAAUCACCAUGUUGCCAAAAAAUUCCCGGGUUGAACGACCUAUAGCACUGUGCAAUGCGACAUACCGCCUCUGGGCCAAGUUGCGCUAUCCUGUAGUUGAGUCCUGGGUGCUGUCGUUUCAGCAACAGGCCCCAUGGGAACAAGCGGUUCCAGGCCAGUCAACGCUUGAUGUGAGCAUCACUCGUCUCCUUCAGGCUGAAAUCUCGCGUGUCCGCAAGCGUUGUCGCAUAGUGCUGUUUGUUGACUUGCAGACUUUUUACGAAUCG